CCUCGGUACUGGAGGUGGCUGCACAGCCUGGGGUUGGGGCAGGGAGCUGUGCUGCCUUCAGCACAUACAGAUGGGUUUGUCGUGAGCCAUCUGGGAAGAAGAAAUCAGGAGAGAGCCCGUGUUUGGGUUUGAGGUUAACUGGAUUUCUUGUAAAUAGUCAGCAGAGGUCACUGCCUGUUGGGGUGACCAAACGAGGCCCAGCUCGCUGUGGUUUGAAGAAGCAAAUCUGUUAUCCUGCAUUUUGGCCGGGGCUCAGGCAGGCUCCGGGAAGGUAAUAUUUCCCUCUAGGUCUGGGGAUGUGGGACGUUUCUUUGGCCAAAAGAAAUCCCUGCUCUGGCAGAACCAGCUGCGAGAAACACAACCCGGGGUAAGAAGGGCACCGCUGAAUUCACGAUGACAAUUGAAGCUUAAGCAAAAGUGCACAGAGUGUGAAAGGAGCAAAUGGUUGCGGCCUCUGCCAAAACUCUGUUACUAGAAAACAGUGGGAAUUGUGCGCGGUGUCAGCAGAGGGGCUGAGCCCGGGGCGCUGCUGAGCGCUGUGCUUUGUGUUUGUGUUACUUCAAUGGGAUUAGAGACAGCCAAGUGAGGAAACCCCAUGGGCAUUGCUGGCCCUGAGGCUUUUGGAUAAGAACCAUGGUGCCCAGGGGGAUGCCAUCGCCUUGAGGAUGCCCAUGGGCAUCGUGCAGGAACCAGCUCUGGAUGCCUUCUCCCUCCCCCCCGGACCAUUUCAGCUGGCAGCUCUGCACACAAAGCAAACAAUUUCAACAUCUGCUUGGGUUGCGUUCAAUUUUCUAGCGUUUUGUUUUGUAGGUUGAAUAAACUUCUUCUUUCUCGCUAGGAGGAGUUAAUCAUUGCUAGGCGAACUGGCACAGGCCUGGUCCCUGCAGAGCGCAUGGUUGGCUACAUGCGGCCAUUUCUGAGGGUGUGGGUGGAUCAGAACCCCUCCUUCAGCACAGCUGGGCCGUGUCAGGGCCAUCGGAUGCACCCAUCGCUGCCCACAGAGCCCAGUCCAUUGCCAUCCCCUGCAGAGCCCAGAUUUUUGGCCUAGAAAAAGCAUGCUGUGACACCCACGGCGCAAUAAGGAUGAGGAUGGUGCCAGCUCCAGAGGCAGUGAGACCAAGGGGCUGUGCUGCUGUCCUGGUGCUGCUCCUCACUGCUGCCCUGGUGGUGGACACCCAGGGUGCCUGCGGUGCUCCACCACGGUUCCCAUUCGCAGAACUGAAAGAGGACUACCUGCACAACACGACAUUUUCCAGCGGGGACAAGGUGGAAUACAGCUGUCGGCCAGGCUACAUGAGAAAGCUCGGGGCCCAGAACACUUACAUUUGUGACAGGAACAAGUGGAAAGGAUCAAACAACUUCUGCAUACCAAGGCUCUGCAAUUACCCUGGAGAGCCAACCAAUGGCCGGCUCGUGGAAGUACAGCAGUUCAGCUUCGGGUCCAUAGCAAACUACAGCUGUGACACUGGGCACAGACUGGUUGGAAAUUCCCAGAUUAAGUGUGUGAUUAAAGAUGGGCAUGUUGGUUGGGAUGGAAACGUUCCCGUCUGUGAACCAAUUCCGUGUUUACCCCCUCCAAAAAUAGAGAACGGAGACCACAACGGAGGUGACGUCACGCUCUUCACUUACGGAUCUUCUGUCACUUACCGCUGCCACACCGACAGCAGGGGGAAUAAACGUUUCUCAAUGGUGGGGGAUGCCUCUAUUUUUUGUACGACCACUGACAACCUGAACGGUGUCUGGAACAAGCCAGCCCCGGAGUGCAAAGUGGUGAGCUGCAGGCAACCCUGGGUGGAGCACGGCAAGCUGCAGAGCAUGUACAGGGCUGAGUACACGUACGGUGACACCGUGGUCCUCGACUGCGAAUUCCGCUACUCGCUGGAAGGCAGCGACACGGCCAUGUGCCAGGAGGAUGGCAGCUGGGACCCACCGCUACCGCUCUGCCAGCGCAGCAGCUGUGACGACCCUCCCGACGUGCAGAACGCUGUUAAAGCAAGACUUGCAGGCAAUUUAUUUCCUGUUGAGACUGUCAUCACCUAUGAGUGCAAGACGGGCUAUGAGUUCAGCCCUGGAGUAACAAUGCAACACGUCAGUUGUCUGCCAGAUUUUACAUGGAGUGAAACUCCACCGCCCUGUGAAAGAAUUAGUUGCCCGAAUCCAGCUACCAAGAGGGGAAUGGACGUAAGCUUCUGGGACAAAAAAGACGUGUAUGUGUUUGGAGACAGAGUCCGAAUUAUUUGCGACCCUGGCUAUGUUUUCAAAGAUGAUGCCAAUUACGUUGUGCUUCAGUGUACAAACAACGGCACGUGGAACCGGCCAGCACCAGAGUGCGUCCCAGAACCUCAUUGCUCAAAGCCUGUCAUUGAUCACGGAAGAGAGGUUUAUAGGAGCAAAACAGAUUACAGUGUUGGGACUCAGCUGAGGAUAGAGUGCGAUGAAGGCUACGUUCUCAUUGCCCAAGAGUUGGUCACGUGCCAGGCUGAUGGGAACUGGUUCCCCACGUUACCCUACUGUCAGCAAGUCUGUGGCCCUCCUCCGCAAGGCACCCAUGGGCUGAACAUCAACUCAACAUCAUCAUUCUUCCCCUAUGGCUACAGAGUGAACUAUGAUUGUCCCCCGGGGCUGUCCCUCAUUGGGGACGAGUCCAUCUACUGCACCUCUGAAGAUGGAGUGAACCUGGAAUGGAGCGGCCCUGCCCCAGAGUGCAGGGCUGUUCACUGCCCCACGCCCGUGGUUGAGCACGGAGAGAUGGUUCCGCUGCGGCACACGUUCCCCUAUGGGACAUCUGUGAGCUUCUACUGCAAGAAGGGCUUUGCGCUGCACGGCAAUGCCGAGAGCCGCUGUGCAGCUGAUGGCAUCUGGCAGCCAGACCUGCCCCAGUGCCAGCCAGUUAAGUGUCCUGUACCGAGCAGCAAGGAGGAGGACCUAGAGAUUUUCUCUAACAAGGAAAAGUACGAGUUUGAUGAAUCUCUGCACUUCUCCUGCAAGCAGAGUCGCGAUCCAGCAGAAAUAUUGCUUACCACCUGCUCUAGUGAUGGCUCUUGGAUGCCGCCACCCAGCUGUAAAACGUUUUAUGUGUGCAAGAAGAUUCGUCAAAUCCAGGAAACUUUCAAGUGCGGAAUUCCUCUGCCAGAACUGAAAACUUUGCUGGAAGUACAGAAACUCUACCUGGAGAUCCAGAAGCUGCAGAAGGAGCUGGGAGCCAAAAGAGGCCACUGGUGGCAUAAUUCUGCCCUAUCUGUGCCUUGCUCCCUGCUGUCCCCACGCAGCGCAGAAGGAGAGCAGUGCUGCCGUCAGCGUGGCCCGCCUGCCUGUCCCCCACUUCCUCCGCCUGCUUCCCCUUCCCCAGAGAUUUUUUGCAGUCCUGUGGCACGGCCGCUGCUCGCCAUGUGGGUGCUCCUGGGCUGGAUGGGGCCGCUGCUGGUGCUGCAGCCGGCAGGGAGCCUGGCCCCAGAGGUGCGGUGCCCGAUCCCGGUGAUUGCACAUGGGCGGCUGAAUCCUGCACCGAAGAACUUCACCUCCGGGAGCAAGGCCAUGCUCGAGUGCGACGCCGGCUACGUCCCUGCGGGCGGCAGCACCGUGUGGUGUCUGAGCAGCGGCAGGCUGCAGCCACGGACACCGGCGUGCAUCCGAGGUCGCUGUCCUGCCCCUCCCGCUGUUGACCACGCCGACCGAAGAACUUCAUAUGAGCUCCUGGUGGGUUCCACCGUCACCUACUUCUGCAGACACGGCUACACGCUGAUCCCCGGUGUAUCUCCGACAACAACAUGUCUCAACAAUUUCACGUGGUCCGCGAUCCCAGCGCUUUGCCAGAUGGUGCAGUGCCCGAGCCCGACCAUCAUCAACGGGAGAGAGAUGAGUGCGAAGCAAGACAAGUACAGCGUCGGGCAGCAGGUGGAGUUCCAGUGCGACCUGGGCUACAUGAUGUGGGGCAGCCAGAGGGCUCAGUGCUGGUCGGACGGGACGUGGAAACCCCCGGUGCCGUUCUGCGAUAAGGUCUGUCCCCCCCCUCCGCACAUCACCAAUGGGCAGCACACCGGCUUGAGAACAGACCUCUUCCCCUACGGCAUGGAGGUGAAGUACAGCUGUGCCUCGGGGCUGUCCCUCAUCGGGGACGAGUCCAUCUACUGCACCUCCGAAGAUGGGGUGAACCUGACGUGGAGCGGCCCUGCCCCGGAGUGCAGGGUGGUUCGCUGCCCCAGGCCCGUGGUUGCCCAGGGAAGGAUGGUUCUGCCAUGGCACACGUUCCCCUAUGGGAUGUCCGUGCGCUUCUCCUGCAAUGAAGGCUUCGUGCUGCACGGCAACGCUGAGAGCCGCUGUGCAGCCGAUGGCAGCUGGCAGCCAGCCCUGCCCAAAUGCCAGCCAGUUCUGUGUCCCAAACCACGAGUUGCCAACGGAUGGCUGACAAGCACUGAUCAGACGUGGUACCCUGCAAACGCCACGGUCACAUUUGAGUGCCACAAGGGAUACCAACUCUCAGGCGAUGGAGAGGACGUGUUCAAAGGCCCUUGGACAGCCACGUGCUUGGCUGAUGGCAACUGGACAGCAUUGCCCAAGUGUAAGAAGCCAGGUGAUGCUGAUGUGUGCGGAGAGGUUGCUCGUAUUCAGAGCGUCGUCUCCGAUUGCCACGUGCCGACAGAGGAUGUGAAAACUCUGCUGGAAAUACAAAAGCUCUUCCUGGAGAUCCAAAAACUGAAGGUGGAAUUGCAAGGACUGAGCAAGGAGGACCUGGAGCCCAUCCUGCAUUGAACCGCCUUCCCUCUGGCACAGUCCACGAUACCACAGUACCUAUAAGAAGGCUCCUAGGAACUGUAUAGGUUGUGCUUCUAUACAUAAGGCCAGAUCACUUCUGCCAUGCUACGUGCUAGAGCACAGAGGGGUUUUUGCCCUAACCCUCAGAUAGGACAUGCUUGAUUCGCUGUGUACCGCUUUUUGCUCUAGGAAGCAAAGCAAGAAGGUAAAUCGAGCUUCUCUGAGUCAUUGCAUAAAUUGUGCUAAGCUGAGAGAAGUGGGACUGAAGUCUGGGAAAGCAAACUCCUGGCAGAGGUGAGCUGCCACGGGUGUUUGUGUACAUUGCCUAUCUAGAAAUAGCAAUGGAGUGAGUACUGAGCUGCAUCACUUCCUAGUAACCUGCGUCAUGAUCUCAUGGUUUCUUCUCAUCUAGCAGUGUCAGGGCAGUAACAAAACCAGGCUCUAAAACCUAUUUGCUUAUCCCUGGAUUGAAGAGGUAACAGGAUUCUGUACUUGAGAGAUGCCAGUGUUGGUCUCAUCUUCCACACCCCUGUGUCUGCGAGCAAAUGCUAAGAAUAGAUGGCACAAGUUGAAGCACAGAGAAUCAGAUAGCAAUGAUUUCUCUUAUUUCUCUUCAAUAAACAAUAAUCCCUUGA